GCCCUUCUCCUCACACCCCACAAUUCUCAGAAUUCCUCGUCUCUCUUCCCUUGCCCUUCUCUUCCUCUUUGCUUUCACGGAGCAGAAGUUAGGGAAGCAAUCAAUGGCUGCAAUUUGUAUUGUGUCUUUAGUGCUGUUUUUUACUCUUGUUGAUGCUAGAAUUCCUGGUGUUUACAUUGGUGGACCAUGGCAGAGCGCACAUGCUACCUUUUAUGGUGGCAGUGAUGCCUCUGGGACAAUGGGUGGUGCUUGUGGAUAUGGAAACCUGUAUAGCCAAGGCUACGGUGUGAACACUGCAGCUCUAAGCACAGCUCUGUUCAACAAUGGACUCAGUUGUGGUGCCUGUUUUGAACUCAAGUGUGCUAAUGAUCCACAAUGGUGCCAUCCUGGUAGCCCAUCGAUCCUUAUCACGGCCACAAACUUUUGCCCUCCUAACUAUGCUCUUCCAAGUGAUAAUGGUGGGUGGUGCAACCCUCCUCGUCCUCAUUUCGAUCUUGCCAUGCCCAUGUUCCUCAAGAUCGCUGAAUACCGUGCCGGCAUCGUCCCCGUUUCUUAUCGCCGGGUGCCGUGCAGAAAGCAAGGAGGAAUCAGGUUCACAAUCAAUGGCUUCCGUUACUUCAACCUGGUAUUAAUCACCAACGUCGCAGGUGCAGGAGAUAUAGUGAAGGCGAGUGUAAAGGGAUCAAAUACUGGAUGGAUGAGCAUGAGUCGUAACUGGGGUCAAAAUUGGCAAUCAAAUGCUAUUUUGGUUGGUCAGUCACUUUCCUUCAGGAUCACAGGCAGCGAUAGACGCACCUCCACUUCCUGGAAUAUUGUUCCUUCAAAUUGGCAAUUUGGACAAACUUUCACCGGAAAAAAUUUCAGGGUCUGAUUUAGUAAUUUUCCCCUUUUUAAUUUUUGGAUUGUUUCCUUUGGGAAAGGUUGAAAUGGGGAAAUGUGUGUGAGUAAGCUUUUUAAAGAGGUUCUUUUUCUAAUUUUAUUGGGUUUUGUGGGUAAAAGGUGAAAAAGUUAAAAUGUAAGGAAGGAGCUGAGGAGGCUGCAAAAGUCAAAAGGCCCGCAGCUUUUAUUAUCCUUCAAUAUAUAUACAUGAUAUUUUAAUUUUAUUCA